AUGGCAACCUUAGAGAAGCAAGUGAUGGUUGUAGGGAUUGAUGAUAGCGAGCCUAGCACAUACGCUUUAGAGUGGACACUGGAUCACUUCUUCGCUCCUCAUGUGGGUUUCAAUUCAAUUUUCAAGCUCGUAGUUGUCCAUGCCAAAUCUUCUCCGACCUCCGCCAUCGCUCUUGCUGGACCUGCGGCUGCUGAAGCUUUGCCAUUUGUGGAGUCGGACUUGAAGAAGAUGGCUGCUAGAGUUAUUGAAAAGGCUAAGGAAAUUUGCAUCAGUAAAUCGGUGGAAGAUGUGAUAUUUGAAGUGGUGGAAGGCGAUGCUAGAAAUGUUCUUUGCGAGGCUGUAGACAGACACCAUGCUUCAAUGCUGGUUGUGGGAAGUCAUGGUUAUGGAGCUAUUAAAAGGGCAGUUCUAGGUAGUGUAAGUGACUAUUGCGCUCAUCAUGCUCACUGCACUGUGAUGAUUGUUAAGAGGCCAAAGAUCAAGCACUGA